CUGUAACCACUGUAAUACCUAGUGAGACUGCCCUGAAGAAACUUUACGGCGUAGCUUGUGGUACCUGCUGUUGGAACCCCCUCGACAAAGAAAAGCAACUCGAUCCCACGUCGAAUUUCUACCGAUUUUUACUUUCUUCCUCCCUCACUUCGUUCAAGUUGGAAGUGGACCUAGAAUUUCCUAUUUGUUUGGUGUCAAAUCGUUCAUCGGUACAAGGUGAUACCUACCCAUCAAUCGAAGGUCACCAUCAGAAUACAGGUCUCAUCUCUCACUCCUUUGCACGACGGUCUUUACGAAUAACUUGCACGGCUUUUGACGAUUCAUGACCUUGAACUGAACACCAAAGUAAAUCGAGGAAUCUCGUCUUUUCAAGUUCGAUUUGACAUAUCACAAAAUUAAUCACUCGUACAAUUUUGUGAUUGUACGUCCAUCGUGGUCAACAAACCGUUGCACGAAUAAUCACGUACCUCCCUCCGUUCAACAUAUAACCACCACUACCAACGCUUCUUCCCCUUAUCCCUUCGUCAAUUUUCAACCCACCACCUAACACCCGCUUUCACUUAACGUCGCACAGCAACGAUUUUACAGCACAUUUCUCGUCGCUAUUAAUUUGCCUAAUAUUUACGAAUACGUAAAUAGAAUCGAGACACCAUAAUAAUGGCCGCAACACACCACAAUAUGGAUAUGGGAGACAUGGGCAAUAUGGAUGGUAUGGAUAUGCCGCAUUCGACUGGCAUGCACAUGGUCUUUCGGAACAGCAUGAACACACCUCUCUACUCUGAUUCCUGGGAACCAAACACCACGGGCGCCUAUGCUGGAACCAUCAUCUUCUUGAUCAUCCUCGGUGUUGUAUUUCGACUACUGCUUGCAGGCAAGGCAAUUACGGAAGAGCGAUGGCUAGAUACCGAGAUGAAGCGAAGAUAUGUUGUUGUACAGGGAAAAAUCCCAGUUGCGGAACAGGUGUCUACCGACAGUCUCGGCAAGAAGAUGACCCUCACCGAGAAUGGUGUAGAAGAAGAGGUUAUCGUAGUUCAGAAGAAGACUACCCAUCUCCGUCCCUGGCGCAUGUCAGUUGACCCUGUGCGAGCAGUCCUAGACACCUGCAUCGCCGGUGUCAGCUACCUACUGAUGUUGGCAGUCAUGACAAUGAACGUCGGCUACUUCCUAGCCGUACUCGCGGGCACAUUCGUGGGUAGCCUACUCGUCGGCCGAUUCUACAGCGCCGAGCAUUAAAACGCAUGAUCUCAUGGAAAGGAGGAACGAUUGCCGGAUUUUCGAGUUGCCAAGACGACUUACAUUAAUUUCCCACGCACGAAACGACGGCACCAGCAUGAGUCGCGGUUUGCGAGUUUUAAGGACGGUAUGCAUUCGGUUGUUCUAGGCUGUUGAUAUCAGCCUGUAAACGGAAGGGAGGGGCACCCCUUAUAUCAGUCAUCAUUGCAAUUCAGAGCAAGGCGUUUAGGAGGGCACGCAAGCCCACUGGCAUUUGUUAAACAGACGAGAUAAUGUAGGGAAAUUUUCGCUGACUUGAUAAAGAAUCCACAGUGAUAUAUUCAACGAGCCAGUUGAAGAGAUCGAGGUCCACUGUAGAAGGUAUGUACCUAGGUAUAAUAUCUACGAUUAUGUACCAAUACUACCUACCACCAAUGCCAGAUGCAGAAACCCCCUCAAACCCGCUCGUCGAAUCGGGAAGACAGCCCCCUGCCGUGCCCCCACGUUCCCUCCGCAUCUGUCCAUUGCUGUUCAGCUUGACCCGUUUCGGGACCCCAGUCCCUUCUUCCAAAGUUCCGGGUCCGAGACUCGGUCGAGAUCUCCUCACGUGCGUUGGGUUGACUUCAUACUACCCUAUCAGUAUCUCCCGUUAAUCAUUCCUAAUAGUAUGGAGCUUCCAACAUUUCACCUAGGUGUGGUAUACAUACCC